CUUCUCCUUGCCUGGGUUCGGACAUUGGAGCACUAAAUGAACUUGAAUUGUGUCUGUGGCGAGCAGGAUGGUCGCUGUUACUUUGUGAUGAGAUCGGGGAUGAAUUGCUCGCUUUAAAAAUGCUGCUUUGGAUUCUGUUGCUGGAGACGUCUCUUUGUUUUGCCGCUGGAAACGUUACAGGGGACGUUUGCAAAGAGAAGAUCUGUUCCUGCAAUGAGAUAGAAGGGGACCUACACGUAGACUGUGAAAAAAAGGGCUUUACAAGUCUGCAGCGUUUCACCGCCCCGACUUCCCAGUUUUACCAUUUAUUCCUGCAUGGCAAUUCCCUCACUCGACUUUUCCCUAAUGAGUUCGCCAACUUUUAUAACGCGGUUAGUUUGCACAUGGAGAACAAUGGCUUGCAUGAAAUCGUUCCCGGGGCUUUUCUGGGCUUGCAGCUGGUGAAAAGGCUGCACAUCAACAACAACAAGAUCAAGUCUUUUCGAAAGCAGACUUUUCUGGGGCUAGACGAUCUGGAAUACCUCCAGGCUGAUUUUAAUUUAUUACGGGAUAUAGACCCGGGGGCCUUCCAGGACUUGAACAAGCUGGAGGUGCUCAUUUUAAAUGACAAUCUAAUCAGCACCCUACCUGCCAACGUGUUCCAGUAUGUGCCCAUCACCCACCUGGACCUCCGGGGAAACAGGCUGAAAACCCUGCCCUAUGAGGAGGUCUUGGAGCAAAUACCUGGCAUUGCCGAGAUCCUGCUAGAGGAUAACCCCUGGGACUGUACCUGUGAUCUGCUUUCCCUGAAAGAAUGGCUCGAAAACAUUCCUAAAAAUGCCCUGAUCGGCCGAGUGGUCUGCGAAGCCCCCACCAGACUGCAGGGCAAAGACCUCAAUGAAACCACCGAACAUGACUUAUGUCCUUUGAAAAACCGAGUGGAUUCUAGUCUCCCGGCCCCCCCUGCCCAAGAAGAGACCUUCGCUCCUGGCCCCCUGCCAACUCCUUUCAAGACAAAUGGACAAGAAGAUCAUGCCACCCCAGGGUCCGCUCCGAACGGAGGUACAAAGAUCCCAGGUAACUGGCAGAUCAAGAUCAGACCCACGGCAGCCUUAGCGGCCGGCAGCGCCAGAAACAGACCCCCAGCCAGCGGUUUGCCCUGCCCUGGGGGCUGCAGCUGCGACCACAUCCAAGGGUCGGGUUUAAAGAUGAACUGCAACAACCGGAACGUGAGCAGCUUGGCUGAUUUGAAACCCAAGCUCUCAAACGUGCAGGAGCUAUUCCUGCGAGAUAACAAGAUCCACAGCAUCCGAAAAUCACACUUUGUGGAUUACAAGAACCUCAUCUUGUUGGAUCUGGGUAACAAUAACAUCGCCAGCGUGGAGAACAACACUUUCAAGAAUCUCUUGGACCUCAGGUGGCUGUACAUGGAUAGCAACUACCUAGACACGCUGUCCCGGGAGAAAUUCGCGGGCCUGCAGAACCUCGAGUAUCUGAACGUGGAGUACAACGCGAUCCAACUCAUCCUCCCUGGCACCUUCCAUGCCAUGCCCAAACUGAGGAUCCUCAUUCUCAACAACAACUUGCUGAGGUCCCUACCCGUGGAUGUGUUCGCUGGGGUCUCACUCUCUAAGCUCAGCCUGCACAACAAUUACUUCAUGUACCUCCCGGUGGCAGGGGUGCUGGACCAGUUAACCUCCAUCAUCCAAAUAGACCUGCACGGCAACCCCUGGGAGUGCUCCUGCACUAUUGUGCCUUUUAAGCAGUGGGCAGAACGCCUGGGUUCCGAAGUGCUGAUGAGCGACCUCAAGUGUGAGACCCCGGUGAACUUCUUUAGGAAGGAUUUCAUGCUCCUCUCCAAUGACGAGAUCUGCCCUCAGCUGUACGCCAGGAUCUCGCCCACACUAACUUCGCACAGUAAAAACAGCACUGGGUUGGCGGAGACCGGGACGCACUCCAACUCCUACCUAGAUACCAGCAGGGUAUCCAUCUCCGUGCUGGUCCCGGGACUGCUGCUGGUGUUUGUCACCUCCGCCUUCACGGUGGUGGGCAUGCUCGUGUUUAUCCUGAGGAACCGAAAGCGGUCCAAGAGAAGGGACGCCAACUCCUCGGCGUCCGAAAUUAAUUCCCUACAGACAGUCUGUGACUCUUCCUACUGGCACAAUGGACCUUACAACGCAGACGGGGCCCACAGGGUGUAUGACUGUGGCUCUCACUCGCUCUCAGACUAA